AUUUUAUUGACCAUUCAUGACAAGCGGUUCUUCUGCUCGUUACGUUUAUGAGAUGCCUGAGAAUAAUUCAUUUAAAAAAAUCCAUUUCCUUAGUCGACCCCUCAUUGAACGUCUCCUCGUCCCCAUUACGGCCGCGCGCGGCAAGCGGCUCACACGUGCCUGUUCGUUUCUCGCUCACUUGCAACGGCGGUCGUGCAUGCAUGCUUGGUGCUCGCCGCGAUCAAAAUCAAAACGCGAAACUCGACUUCGGGGGGCAGUUUGUGCCCAGAGAGCCAGCGAGUGGUGCACGUCUCCGUUGAGUGGCUCGAACGCUGGUGCCCCACCCCAGUAACCGCAGCUAUAGCAUCUGAGGGCAGACAGGGCGCUAGUAGUAGAGCUUGCGUUGGUUGGUGCCGGAUCAAUACUCGCGGAGCUCACCCUGGCAGGCCGCUUUGCCAUUCUCUCUCCUCGGCUCUGUGUGAGUGAGUGUGUGUGUCCGUGUUGCGUCGCCCGCGCCUCGCUCGCUCGCAGCCGCACCGUCUCCACCCAGCGAGCAGCCCCCGGCCGGGGGUCGUCGAGCCCCUCGAGUUGGCCCGGCCGCCAACUGAGACGCAACGCCCAAGAACCACACCCUCGCCCAACCGCCCCACGGAUUUGCAUAAGCGCCAAUCCGCUGGCGCGCCCAGCACGGACUCAAAUGCAGUGCUCGACACCGCGACAAUUUUUCCAGCAGUGCUCUUGUGAUUCGGGACGUCCCACCUGCUAACCCACAUUUCUCUCCUCUACGAUGCUUGCCAGGUGAUGGCAACACCAUUGCACUAGCAUCUAUUAUGGACACAGUGCUCCCGGUAUGGGCAUGUGCGUGGGUCCAUUAGUCGGCUAUAUCCGCGAGGCUGUGACCUGCUUACUUGCGCUCACCUCAGUUUGCAAUGUAUUCUUGUUGUUAUUCCUCGCAACCCCAGGCGUCAAAUGUUUCCAAGAUGCAGUACACAUCACUGCAAUCCUUGGAGAGUCGGUGGUGUUCAACUGCCACGUCGAAUUCCCAGGUGACCACCCGGUCCCGUAUGUGUUACAAUGGGAGAAGAAGGUAGGCGACACGGGACUGGAGAUACCGAUCUACAUCUGGUACGACAGCUACCCGACACACAGCGGCGAGGGCUACGAGGGCCGCGUGAGUAGAGUGGCCUCGGAUUCUCCAUAUGGGCUCGCCUCGCUCAAUCUCACUAAUAUCCGCGAGUCGGACCAGGGUUGGUAUGAGUGCAAAGUCGUGUUCCUUAACCGUUCGCCUAACUCGCACAAGAACGGCACGUGGUUUCACCUUGAUGUCCAUGCGCCCCCACGUUUUGGUAUUACCCCAGAGGAUAUAAUUUAUGUUAACCUGGGGGAUUCGAUAAUUCUAAACUGCCAGGCCGAGGGUACCCCGACGCCUGAAAUUCUGUGGUACAAAGAUCAGAAUCCGGUGGAGCCCUCUGCCACCACUGGCAUCUUUAAUGAUGGAACUGAACUGCGUAUCUCCAAUAUCAGACACGAGGAUAUUGGAGACUACACUUGUAUAGCGCGGAAUGGCGAGGGUCAGAUUAGCCAUACUGCCCGAGUGAUCAUUGCCGGGGGCGCCGUCAUCAUGGUUCCGCCCACCAACCAGACCAAACUCGAGGGCGAGAAGGCGCAGUUCUCGUGCGAGGCCAAAGCCCUUCCCGGCAAUGUCACCGUGAAGUGGUACCGCGAGGGCGUCCCUGUCAAGGAGGUGAGUUCCCUCGAGACCAGGGUCACCGUCCGCAGGGAUGGCUCCCUCAUCGUCAACCCAGUCAGCGCCGAUGACUCUGGACAGUACACCUGCGAGGUCACCAACGGCAUCGGCGAGCCGCAGGCCGCCGCUGCGUACCUCAACGUCGAGUACCCGGCCAAAGUCACGUUCACGCCCACCAUUCAAUAUUUGCCGUUCCGGCUGGCGGGGGUGGUGCAGUGCUACAUAAAGGCCAAUCCGCCCUUGCAGUACGUCACGUGGACCAAAGACAAACGACUUUUGGAGCCAUAUCAAACCAAGGACAUUGUCAUCAUGAAUAAUGGUUCGCUCCUCUUCACAAGGGUGAACGAGAACCACCAAGGGAGAUACACUUGCACCCCCUACAAUGCUCAAGGCACUCAAGGAUCGUCGGGACCCAUGGAAGUGCUUGUGCGAAAGCCGCCCGUGUUUACACUGGAGCCAGAGUCUCUCUACCAGCGCAAAUUGGGGGAGAGCGUCGAGAUGGUGUGCGAGGCGCAGGAAGCCGAGGGUACUCAAAAACCAGUGAUCCAGUGGUCUAGGCGGGACGGCCAGACCAUGCAGCGCAAUAGAAUCAAAAUGAAUGGAGGGAACCUUACAAUUGAGAAUUUGAGACGCACCGACUUUGGCUUCUACCAAUGUGUGGCAAGUAAUGAGGUGGCUACUAUUGUUACAACGACGCAGCUUGUGGUCGAGGGAACCCAACCCCAUGCGCCGUACAACCUGACAGCCAACGCUAGUGAAUUUUCUGUCCAUCUCACUUGGCUGCCCGGCUACAGUGGAGGGCCAGAUUUCAAACAAGACUACACCAUUUGGUACCGCGAAACUGGCGCAAGCGACUGGUCAACAUUCCCUGUCACGCCAUCAGGGAGCACUGAAAUUACCAUUCAGCGGCUGACACCAUCCACCGACUACCAGUUCCAGGUGGUGGGCAAAAACUCGCUCGGAGAUGGCAUGUUUAGCCAAAUUAUUUCAGUUCAAACCAAAGGUGUCAAGAUUGGAACUGGUAAAGUUAACCCACAGGCUCCUGAAUACACGCAAAAUACUCCGUCUCCUGACGAGGACAUAUAUGACUAUAGUAAUAUUGUUUUUCCAACUGACUCUGAUGGAGGAAUUUUCAUACCUCCUGUGAUGAGACCGAAAGGUCCAAAGCCAGGCCCACCUAGGAACGUGACAGUCAAUGAGAUCAGCAAUGGGUUCUUAAUCAACUGGCAGGCACCAGCUGAGCGCUCACACUUGGUCCAGUAUUACACAAUUAAGUAUAAAACUGAUGCUCAGUGGAAGGUCUUGAACAAGGGUCAAAUCCGAGCUGAGGAAACCUCAUACUUAGUUAAAAAUUUGGUGGGCGGCCGAACCUACCACAUUUGUGUUGUUGCCCAUGCGCUCAAAAACUAUGAAAGUAGUGAACCAGUCAAAUUCCCUGUCCCUGCCCGAGUCAAGCAUAAGGCCAUUACUGCAGGAGUAGUGGGUGGAAUUCUUUUCUUCAUCGUGGCCAUCAUUCUGUCUGUCUGCGCCGUCAAAAUCUGCAAUAAGCGUAAACGCAGGAAACAAGAAAAAGCUCUUUCUGCUGCGUAUAAUAUGGUGGCAUGCAGAACGACAGACCAGAGGAAUGGGGGUCAAGCAGCUGGCCAAGUGCCUUUGAAAAAAUCUAGCUCGCGCCGAAUACCAGCUGUGACCGUUGGGGCCGUAAAACGCCUCGGAGCCUUCUUCCUCUCCGGCUUCCGCCACACUCCUGAAAAACUUUCCCCAUCCCCCUCUCCCUUUGGCGCCCGCUCCACCGACUCCGAGGUUGAGUUACGAGCGUACUACGUGCGUCGCGAGAUGGUCUACCCUUUGUCCAGCAUCGCCCGUGCUGCUGACGGCCGAUUCGUGCUCGACUCUGCCAGCAGCAGCAGCGACGACGGUGGUUUCGCCGGACGCCGCGAGAUGCUCGAACAUCCCCCCGGCUGGCGACGGCCCAUCAUCGUGACGCCCAGCCUCCGCUCCGAGGCCUCCGGCGAGAGCCACACUCUCCCUCGGCACCGCCUCUCCAUCUCAACGCGCCUCCCAACCAUGCGCGCCUCCUCGCCAGGCCCUCUGACCACCGGCACGUGGCCCAUCCACAACUUCAGCGACCUCAGCUCCGUGCGGCAGCCGAGCUCCAUGUUCAUGCCAGACGUAUCACUGCCAACCCCCAGCCAAAUGGCGAGCUCUCUCCGCUCCAUGCAGGAGCGCUACCGCCAGGAACUGCCCUCGCUGCAGGCCAUCCACGCCGAAGUGUCGCCCCGAUGGCAGCACGUCCGCGUCGACGUCCACCAACCGGCGCCGCACCGUCUCUCCGGACGCCACGUCCACACCACCCCUCUCUUCCGGCCCCUCCAACCCAGCAGCCCAGUGCCCGGCCAGUGGGCCCUCCUUCCGAAGCCCACCCGCGUCCGACCGGCCAACAAACGGGCUCUCAGGCACGCCCGCUCGGCUCCAGAGUUGAGAACCAGUCCGUCGAGACCCUCCCCUCUGGAGCUGUCCCCGGAAAGCCGCUCCAGCAGCAGUGGCUUCGGAAGCAAAAACAACUCGCAGCAAACCGGAAGUUCCUCCCGGUCACCCCUGCCGGGCCCCCCGUACCGUCCACCGCCUCCCCCGCCCCUCACCUCGUGGCUGCGGAAACCGCUGCCGCUGUACAUGCUGUCCACGUGGCCCCCGCCACCCUACGAGUCUCCCCCACCGGCGCCUGACUCGUCCGGCGCAGGGCGAGACGCCAGCGUGGACGACCACUACGAGUUUGACGCCGACUUCAACACGCCGGUGCCGACGCCGUCGCCCGGAGGCCCAAGGCAGAGCUCCGAGUCGGAGAUGUACAACACCUUCCUCAGCACCACCUCGAUUAGUUUAACCCCUUCGGCCAAGCAUCAGGACAUUGAGGCGAGAGUGCAGGCCAUGAAGCAAGAGUUCCACGAGUACCGCGAGCGUCAGGCGCGCCGCCGCCACAAGAGUCAACAGCAAGAGCUGGAGAGCGCCUGCUGACGCUCGCCGCACUGCUGCAGACUCACUUACUCACCCACGCGCUCCACGACCCAAAGCAAAUAAAUUCUAAAAUAAUUGUGCAGCAGGUUUAGCGACGAAGUUUGUUGGUUGAUUGGUUGUUUGUUGGUUGGUUGGGUGAUGGAACUGACGUGUAGUUAUAAUCUAUAAGUAAGCAUGUAAGUCACUCCAAUUACAAGAACUUCUAAAACACGCAGUAUUUUAUAGUUAAUAUGGUAUUGCGCCUUGUACAUGUAUAAAUUUGAUAAAAAAUAAAAGAAGAAGAGUCUGUAAGUACCUCUAGCAGUCUGUGGCAGGUGAUUUAAUGUAUGGAAAAACAAAAGUGUUUAGAAAAGAACAAUAUAUGAUUCUAAUUAAUUAAGCAGUUAAUUAAUGGACGAAGAUCAAAAAUUUUAAAACUAUACGACCCAGGAGAAAUUCUACAAAAAUAGUAUCGGGAGGUAGUGUAAGCGAACUUUUCCCACCAGCAGCCUCACAAAAAUAUCAUUUCGGUUCAACUAUCGCUGAUGAGGCCGCACGAAAAUGUAAAAAGAGUUCAUGUUGUUGCAAUACGCAGCGGAAAUGCCAUGUUGUAUUUUUAAUUGAUUAUCGAAUGGAAAUCAAGCGAUGCUACGACUCGUACACUCUCACAUACUUAAGUAGUAUUAAAGCGACUACUUGGCAUUUAUUAAUUUAUUGUUGUGAAGAUCAGUGUCAUUUUAUUUAUUUUUACAUAUCCGCGUAUGUUUCUUAUAUUUUUUGUAAAAAUAACUAUAUUUAUUGAAUUAAAGCAAAGAAUUGAAAUGUUACAAACUGAAAAGUUAAUAUUAGUUGACGCUAUAUUUGUGUUGAUAUCAAUUAUUUAGAUGAUAAUAACGUUGUUGUCUCCCUAGCUCCCCGUCGCCACCGCCAUGUAUUGUGUUCUUUGAUUUCGCUCCCUGUAUCACACGUGCAAUCUGAUCAACAUCCCACAUUUAGUUGGUUGUGCCCCCCUUUUUUUAGAGUACAAUUUAGGUAAGACGGCGCAAAAAACUGAGCGUCGUGUUGAUUAUAUAAAUUAUGGACACACACUCACAAGACGAAAAGGGGAAAAUGUAUGUCUGAUGCAAUAUUCUCUGUCUGAAUUAAAUUAUUAUAAAUUAAAUUAUUAACGUGCAGGGAUGGUUACUUAUCUAGUUGAAAAAAGAGAAAGAACUUUGACCGAGAGAAAGAUAUUAUGAAAGAAUGCAACCAAACACUCUCUAUUCAUCUUUAUUCUUGUACAUUCCACUGCUGUAUGCGCGAGGGUAAUUACAAAAAAAUAAGACGACUCGUCACUACUCUCAGUACUUUGCUCACGAAACGUUAAAAUUAUUGAGGAAAAGAAAA